CCAUAUAUUAACGUGUUGCUUGUGCAACUAGUACGUCGAAAAAAUGGAAGACAUUGUUCAUGAUCAUGAAAAUUGAGUUAGAUGCAUUACAGAUCAUCCAUAUUCAUCAUAAUCGUUUCAGGGUUUUGUCUCUGACCUCUCAUAAUACCUUUUUGUUUUCAUUUUCCUGUUCCUCGAUAUUGAAAUACAAAAGUCAAUAUGGUCGACAUUUACAGUUGGUCGGUUGAAAAGCCUGCAGUUGUGCUAGACCUUGGGCAACGCUUCACGAAGAUGGGCCUCGCUGGUGAGGCACGACCUCGGUUUGUGAUUCCGACUCCGGAGCUCUACACCCCAGCAUGGGUUUUAGAACGUGAGAUAACGACUCAGAAAAGCGACGCGGAAACUAGAGGAGCCAAUCAGCUUACGUCUAGUUUGUCAAUUCGCGUUAGGCUUCACCUUGUUCUGAAGUAAUAAGAAAGAAGACUACAACACACACCUAGCCGGAUGCCGUUUUGGUCUCCAAUGCCUAAGAGUUCAAACUGCUUAUUUUGCUUAUCCUGAAGCUGGAAUUAUUCAAACAUAUUUAUAAGGUAUUGAUGCAGAAACAAUGAGGAGCAGGAAGAGUUUUGAGCUUCUACACAUUGAUUCACAUGGACAUGGAAUAUCAUCACUUGGUGCGUCUAGCUUUAAUUGUGCACGCCCGAGAUUUGCAUCGUCGCCGUCAGAGAAGAGUACGUCCAUGUCCAGAGGAUCGCCGUCGCGACGAGUAGAUUCAGCUUCGCAACUUGCGACGGUUGGGCGUACCUUCCGCGAUUGGAUUCGGGUGCUGGAUCCUCUGCUCCAUCGCAUUUACUUUCUCUAUCUGAAGUUUAAGGCUAAGGAACGCAAGUGCUUCAACUAUUUUGACAAGAGGACAAGUAUUUAUUGCUGUCGUACUUGUAUACGUCGUAUGUAUUCUGCUCGUGUGUAACGUGGAACCUCCUAGUCCUACUUGGUAGAGUUCGUUGAUUCCUGAGGCUCGUACACUGAUAGAAGUGGCCGAAGCGAGUCGUCACUUCUCCCGUUUUUUGGGAAUUCAACGAAUGAAACGAUGGUAGCGCAGCUUAUGAUCAUCUAAAAAGUGCAAUCCCAAGGAGAGGAAGGUUGUACUUUGUGAAAACGCUUUUCUGCCCCUACCUUUGCGGCGGGCGUUUGUUUUUCUGCUGUUCGAGAAAUUUCAAGCACCUGGGAUGUGCUUUCCUCUGGCGCCGACGCUUCCUUUGUAUUUGACAGAACAUGCUACGGGAAUAGUGAUCGAUGUAGCACAUGCCAGCACGCGCAUCUUACCAGUCUAUUGCGGAACGCCGCUGUUAGGAGCCUCCGUAGAGAUGCGGUACGGCGGUCGUGCUGUAAAUAUGCGGUUGCGAGAAACGUUGCUCAAGCGUUUGGACGAUGCGAACACGAGUGGUGCCACAGCAGGUAGCUCGGAAGACACGUCGGAACAAGAGGACGUCCUCGUAUCACGGCGCAGCGCAGCAACGACGUCAACCACGAGCCGUGGCCGUGUGCUGCUAGAACAGUACGAUGAGCGGAAUGAGGGUAGCUGCCUCGAAGCGUUGACGCUUUUAGAGGACGUAAAAUUUAGGUUAGGACGAGUGCGCUACGGCGAUCUUUUCACUGGCAGCCCUGAGGAUGGGCAAGGGUCGGGAGAGACCUCCCUCUUCGAAAACCGAGACUUCGGAGGCGCGUUCGCAGACGUGGUCCGGUCUAUACGAGUGCCUGACGAUGUGUCCAGACCCUUAGAGAUGUGCUUCACGCUCGCAGCUUCCACGGAAACUGCAGCAAGCGAUGGUUUACACAAUACGACUUUGUCGACGUCGAAAAGUCUGGAGGUAUACCCUCUAGUCGCGGCAUUUUGGCGGUCAGUCGAUAUGGCGCCUAUCGAUGCGCGACUGGCGAUCGUGGAAAACAUCAUCCUCGUCGGCGGUCAGGCGAUGACACCAGGGUUUUGGCAGCGGUUUGCACAAGAACUAGAUCACAGCUUGCACGUUCAAGAGGCUUUGCCCAGAGAUGGGGGCUUCGGAGUCUCCAUCCCUGAGGAACGACAGCCUGCGGCGGCGCACCACGAAGG